GGGGACUGAAGAGCAAACAUACUGGGAUAUGACUUACUGAGCCUGUUGCCUGGUAGCUGCCGGCCUUUUCCCAAGAGUCAAAAGGGGUACAGUAGGAGCUACACAGAGGGACAGGCUGCCAGGGCUCAGGCGAUUCUCGGCGGGGGCUCUGCUCUGUUCCCUGCCGGCCACGAUGGAGGAAGAAGCUGGAGUGCUGAAGGAGGGAUUCCUCGUCAAGCGGGGACAUGUUGUUCGGAACUGGAAAGUGAGAUGGUUUGUUCUGCUCCAGGAUAAGCUGCUGUAUUACAAAAUUGAAGGAGGCAAGAAGGAGCCUUCUCCAAAGGGCAGGAUCCUUCUGGAUGGCUGCACUAUUACUUGUCCAUGCCUGGAAUAUGAGAACCGACCGCUACUCAUCAAACUAAAGACAAAAACCAAUACAGACUAUUUCCUUGAAUGUUGCUCCAGGGAAGAACGUGACUCUUGGGCUCUGGACAUCACUGGAGCUAUUCAUGCUGGUCAUCCAGUACAGGUACAAGAACUUCACAGAAUGAAGAACUCUUUCAAACUGCUAGAAAAUAUCAGCCUCCACAAUAUAGUGGAGAGAAUGUAUGACAGCAGCACUGGAAUUAAGCUGACCCGCAAUUUGGAUCAAGGCAACAGAUACAAAGAGACCUUCACAGGUUCUGCCCUGGUGGACUGGCUCAUCUCCAACAGCUUUGCUGUGUCACGAUUCGAGGCCGUCACCUUGGCAUCCAUGCUGAUGGAUGAGAACUUCCUCAGGCCCGUGGGGGUCCGCAGCACCGAGGCCACGCGCUCCAGCGACCCCUCUGAGAAGUUCCUCGACGACUCCACUGCUCUGUACAUGUUUGCUGAGAGCAGUAAGAAAAAUACUAGUUCCAAGGAAGAGGUCCAUUUUAACCUCUCUGAAUUAAGUGGCACAAUUGUGAAGCAAGGAUUCUUAGUGAAACAGGGGCACAAGAGGAAAAACUGGAAGGUGAGAAAAUUUGUUUUGAGAGCUGAUCCUGCUUUUUUGCACUACUAUGAUCCCACCAAGGAAGAUAACAAGCCAGUAGGUGGAUUCUCUCUUCGUGGCUGUCUUGUCUCAGCUCUGGAGGACAAUGGAGUCCCAGCAGGAGUGAAGGGCAAUGUGCAAGGCAACCUCUUCAAAAUCAUCACCAAAAAUGACAUUCAUUACUACAUCCAGGCCAGCUCCAAGGCAGAGCGAGUGCAGUGGAUUGAGGCAAUCAAGCCACUGACAUGAGCAAUGUGGACUCCAUGCCAAAUGACAAACCACAUUUAUGACCAACUUCCUGCUCUCGUUGUCCGGGAGUGUUGUUUUUCCUUGAUAGUCAAUGUUCAUUAUUUGAAUCAACAUAACACCUACCAGGUCCUAGGAGACCGUGCAGACCAAAUCAUGUAGAUCCAGAAUAAUUCCCCCAGCUUGAAUUUACCAUCUAAGCAAGAGACCAAAACAGGUGGACACAGACAAAUGGGGCUUUACAAAGAAACGUCAAGAUAUUCCAAGAUGGAAGAAAAGGAUCUUUUGUACAAGUAUUCAGUCUAUGUCUGACAGAUCCAGGUUGUGCUUUAUCUUAAAGCAGAAUUGUCUUGCUCCUUCUCCCUUUAUAAAGGGGCUCAUAAACUUAUUUAAGACUGAAACAUCUAAGUCAUGAAAGGUGCUGGUGUCUGAGGCUGCCUUUCUUGGCAUACCACACAAAUCUUGUGCUAAGCCACAAGCCAGCUGCCAGGAUAAUAUGCAUUGCAAAACAAACAAGGGUCUGUCUGUCCAUCCAUCUGCUCUACUAUUUAGUGCUCUGUUAGACUGGAAAAGAACAAAAGAUCUUGCUCCUCACCCAUAUAGAUUACUCUUAUGCUGGUAAUGUCCCACAUCAGAAUAGGAUCCUGAGUAUCAAAGCAGAGCAAUGGAAGUUCCAGACAAUUUCUGGUACUGAAUAUAUUGGAAGAAAUCCCUCAGCCAUAAAAGCAAGACUUUUCCUUCUGAUAAUUACCGUAAGUCCAUUUAUGUUGGAGCACCAUUUGGACAGAGAACUGUAGUAGCAGUCCUCACUAUUGCUUUUUCUAUCUUAAGUCAUUAUUUUUUCCAUUAUUUGUCUACUAAACUUGUCUUUGAUAUCAUUAAAUAUUAAAAAAA